GCUCCCUCGGGGGCUGCAGCUGGCCGGAAGUGCUCGCUUCUGUUGACGCCUGGAACUUUUUAGCCUGUCGCCAUUUUGCUCGCAGAAACGAAGAGAAGCGAAGAGGUUAUUCUCUCAAAAUCAGCUCAUCACACGUCAGAGAAAAUGGCGAGCCCAGGUAAAGAGUGCUUCCGUCUGAAGAGCUACAAGAACAACGCUCUGAACCCACAGGAGAUGAGACGGAGAAGAGAGGAGGAGGGCGUGCAGCUGCGCAAACAGAAGAGAGAGGAACAGUUGUUCAAAAGGAGGAACGUGGCACUCCCGAACGAUGAGUCGAUGUCCGAGUGUCCGAUCCAGGAUCCAGACAUCAGCACCACCGUUCCCAUGGCCGGGGACGCCGUGAUCUCUCCAGACAUGAUUCAGAUGAUCCUCUCUGAUGACCCAGACCAGCAGCUGCUCGCCACGCAGAAGUUCAGGAAGCUGCUGUCCAAAGAGCCAAACCCACCCAUAGAUGAGGUCAUCUCCACACCAGGAGUCGUGAGCCGCUUUGUUGAGUUCCUCCAAAGAACUGAGAACUGUACUCUGCAGUUCGAGGCAGCUUGGGCCCUGACAAACAUUGCGUCCGGGACUUUCCUUCACACUAAAGUUGUAAUUGAGACUGGAGCUGUGCCCAUCUUCAUCAAACUGCUCAACUCUGAGUAUGAAGACGUCCAGGAGCAGGCGGUGUGGGCUUUGGGGAACAUCGCAGGAGACAAUGCAGAGUGCAGAGACUAUGUGCUGGACUGUGGUAUCCUGCCCUCUCUGCAGCAACUAUUGGACAAGUCGACCCGAUUGACUACGACCCGAAACGCAGUCUGGGCUCUGUCUAAUCUCUGCAGAGGGAAGAACCCACCUCCAGAUUUCCACAAGGUGUCUCCGUGCCUGAGUAUCCUGUCCCGUCUCCUCUUCAGUAGUGAUCCUGAUGUUUUAGCAGACGCGUGUUGGGCUUUGUCCUAUCUCUCAGAUGGACCCAAUGAGAAAAUUCAAACCGUUAUCGACUCUGGGGUCUGUCGCCGCCUAGUGGAGCUACUCAUGCACAGUGAUUAUAAAGUGGUGUCUCCUGCUCUUCGUGCUGUCGGGAACAUAGUGACGGGAGACGACAUUCAAACACAGGUGAUUCUGAACUGCUCAGCACUGCCCUGUCUCCUCCACCUCCUCAGCAGCCCCAAAGAGUCCAUAAAGAAAGAGGCGUGUUGGACCGUGUCAAAUAUCACAGCCGGAAACAAGGCUCAAAUACAGAAUGUGAUCGACGCAAACAUCUUCCCGGUUUUGAUCGAGAUCCUUCAGAAGGCAGAGUUCAGGACGAGGAAAGAGGCAGCCUGGGCCAUCACCAACGCCACGUCCGGAGGAACCGCAGCGCAAAUCAGAUAUCUGGUCUCUCUGAACGUGAUCAAGCCCCUGUGUGACCUGCUGACGGUGAUGGACUCAAAGAUUGUGCAGGUUUCUCUGAACGGGUUAGAAAACAUCCUGAGACUCGGAGAGAAGGAAGCCAAGAAGAACGGCUCCGGCAUCAACCCGUACUGCGCUCUCAUCGAGGAGGCCUACGGAUUGGACAAGAUCGAGUUUCUUCAGGGCCAUGAAAACCAGGAGAUUUAUCAGAAAGCCUUUGACCUGAUCGAGCGAUACUUUGGCGUCGAGGAAGAGGACUCCAGUCUGGUCCCACAGGUCGACCAAAACCAGGCGCAGUUCCUUUUCCAGCAACAAGAGGGCCCUAGAGAGGGAUUUCAACUUUAACCCAAGGCUCCAACUGACACCAAGUCCAUACAGUCCGGGUUGCAGCGCUCUUCUUUGGCAGCGUCUCUCCAAAUUCACUUGUACAAUGCCACAACGCAGACAAUUUCAAAGUGAAGGACUUUUAGGAGCAAGAGAUGAGCCAGAAAAUUAAAACACCAACAUGUAUUUGUUGUAAAAAAAGAAAAACAAAAAAACAAAAAGAAAUCUUCAGAAGGUGUAGAUUUUUUGACUUGCUACGCGAUAUGUUUUUCAGUGUAAACGUCGCACCAUUUCUUGAAUGUGAAUCUACCUCUUCGAAUCGUCCAAGAGGCAAAUAGUGACCCCGUGACCCCUGCCAAGGCACUGGUCGUAUCUCGCGAUGAUAAAACGCCUUUUCAGUGCCCACAUCUGAAGCAAAGCCCACAAGGUUUGCAAGUGUAGGGUUAAAAGCUCUAUCUAAAUGUAAGGAUAACACAAAUGGCACAGAAAAUGGCUGCUGUAAGAAGUUAAAACCUUUUUUAUUCAGAACUAUAAUUUGAGAGAAACAUGAGUUCUCUGAAAAAAAAAUGGUGUAGACAAAGAUUUAACUUAGCAGGAUUUAAUCAAACUAGAACUGAAGAUCUCCACAAGGAAUGAACCGGGUCUGAACCAGGACUAAACCAGGCCUAAACGAGGACAGAACCCACUCUGAAGUAGGCCUAAAUCAGGACUAAUCCAGUUCCAAAGCAGAUCUAAACUAGGAUUAAAGGAUCGCAGCAUGGACUAAAUCAGCACCUAACCAGUACAGAACCUGGUCUGAACCCAGGACUAAUUCAGGUCUAAACCAGAUCUCAUUAAGGACCAGACCAGUUCUAAACCAGGAUGGAACCUGGGAUGAACUAAACUAGGACUAACCCAUUUCCAAAAGGUCUGAGCAAGGAUGAAACCAGUUCCAACCCAGGACUGAAUCCGUUCUCAAUCAAGGACUAAACCAGGUCAAAAAAAGAUCUCAGCUUUUUCCAAACCAGGACGGAACCCGGUUUGAACGAGGUCUAAACCAGGACUAAACCAGAACUAAACCCGACUUUGGAGGGGGCUGUAUUUAUUGCUCUAGUUUCUUUUUCUUUUUGCACCUUCGGCUUCGUCUGGACGUUUUAAACCCGAGACGAGAUGACUCCAAACCCAGGCUCCUAACUGCACAAAGCAAAUGCAAGUUUCUCUAAUGUCCACACGGGGGCGCCACACUGCUGCAGGGAACGAAUGAAUGUGUCCAGAUAAUCUUUAGGACAAUCUAUAGCUCAAGGAAAACCACAUUUUCAAUCUUAGUCCAGUCUAAUGUUUUACCAAAUGCAUGACGAAGUGUGAUCUUUUGGUAUUUAAAUAAUGACUUAACAAAAUUAAAUACUUUUGUGGAUAAAGAAUAAACAAUUUCAAAACUAAAUCAAAACUAAAAUCACUAUUAUAUAUAAAAAUAAAAAUUAGAGAUCGACCGAUAUGGUUUUUUUCUUGCCUGACCAGCCAGUUUCCGUUUCUGGAAUCAAACCGUAGAGCGUUAAACACGUCCGUUGCAACUUUUUUUUUUACCGUUUGAGCUUCGAUUGUUGAUUUUUGCCGAAACCUGCGCAGCUUUUCGUUUUUUGUUGUUGUUUUCCUUUCACAUGUAACGCGAACGGACCAUGCGCCUCUCUGAUUGGUUCAUCCGCCUGCCAAUCAAAUCAGGGAGACGGGUUUUGGUUCAAGACCUGCUCGUUUUUGCGAAGUUUUGUCAAAGCGAGUGGUUCGGGCUGGUCAGGUAAGCUUUUUUUUUGUUUGUUUUUUGUGACUGAUGCCGAUACUGAUUGUUUAUAAUCCAGAGAAACCGGCGGACGAUAAGAUCUGCCGAUAUUUUUGGGUUUCGAUUUUUUUUUUUUUUUUUUUUUUGUCGUUUACGUUUAUUACAAACCUUUCUUUACUGUAAACGUUUAAGAGCGCUGUGUUUUCAUGUUCUGUGCAGUUAUCUUUUUGCACUAAAGUGUUAAAUAAAUAAAGCUUUGUUUGUAGCAGAUCGGCCAAAACAAAAUCCGUUCUUAGGCCGAUAAUCGAGACAUGGAGAAAAAAAACGUAAAUAUCUACCAACGGGGUAUAUCGGUCUAUCUCUAAUAAGAAUGACAAUUAAACUAACGAAAAAAGCUUUUGUAAAAAUGUGCAGCGUUUAUUGUGUCGUUUACCAGAAUCACAAUAACUUGGACAGAAAUGAUCAGCUGUUUAUUGAUUGAUAUUAAUAAAAAUAUCUUAAAAAUCGAUUUGAAAUUUGUUUUUUAAAUAAGAGUAAACGCAGUCGAACAUUACACUGUUCUCGAGUCAAAAUUAAAGUGCACUACGUAACUUUUCUCACGUACGGUCUGCUGCCUGCUCGUCUCUGCGGCGAUGCUGUUGCCUGAAAUGUUCCACGGUAUGGGAAUAAACUUCUGUGUCCAUGGAGACGAGCGGGCGACACCACGAGACCCAGUGACGGGUCUGAUCCGUGGAAAGGCAACCUAAGAAAAUAAAAGGGCGGCGGUAAAAAUAGAUUUGAAAUUUUCAGUAGAAAUUUUGAAUUGGUGUGACUUGUUUUUGUCAAAUCUUUUGCUUUGGUUGUUGUUGUUUUUUUUUCAGUUUUUGCUUUGUGUUUUGUUUAUUUUUUCGUAUCAGGGCAAAGGUGUGUGAUAGUUUUUCUUUCGUUUUAAUUUUUAGAAAAGUUAAUCUAUAAAUUAUUUUCAGAUGUUUCUUGUAAAGAAUAAAUGAUAUUGUAUACUUAUAUAAA